AUGGCCGAAGCAAUUGCAUUCGACCUCGCCGUAGAUCUUAUUACUAAAUUGAGCUCCUUUACUCUCUCUCAAAUUGGACUGUGGUGGAAUGUCAAAGAUGACCUCGACGACCUCAAAAGUACUGUCUCUACGAUCAAAGCUGUGCUUCUUGACGCAGAAGAGCGAUCCGUGACCAGCCAUCUCGUCAAAGAUUGGCUUGAAAAGCUGAGAGAUGUACUUUAUGACGCUGACGACUUGCUCGAUGAUUUCUCUACCGAAGCUUUGCGGAAAGAUCUAUUGGGUGGGAACAAGCUGACGAAAGAGGUACGCCUUUUCUUCUCGAGCUCAAACCAGUUUGCUUACGGUCUCAAAAUGGGUCGGAAAAUGAAGGCCAUUAAGGCCAGGUUGAGUUCAAUUGAAAGUGAAGCCAGGGUGUUCAACUUGGUAGAGCGUGAUCGUCCCAUGGAAACCUCUUUCAUGACUAAAAAGAGGCAGCUAACGCACUCUUUUAAAGAUAAAAUAAUAGGGAGGGACGAUGAUAAAGCAGCUCUUCUAAAACUCGUGUUAGAGUUUGAAAGUGAAGAGACUGUUUACAUCAUUCCAAUUGUGGGGUUUGGAGGGUUAGGGAAGACUGCUUUGGCUCAGUUUGUCUAUAAUGAUGAAAUGGUCAAAAAUCAUUUUGAGUUGAUGAUGUGGGUGUGUGUUUCAGAUGUUUUUGAUGUCAAAAUAAUUGUAGAAAACAUUAUCAAAUCUGCAACUGGCCAAGCACCAGAUCAAAAUCUCGAAAUGGACCAAUUGCAAAAACAACUUCGGGAAAAUAUUGGUGGGAAAAAAUAUUUGCUUGUUUUGGAUGACAUUUGGAAUGAGGAGUGGGAAAAAUGGGUUAGUUUAAAAGAGUUAUUGGUAGGUGGGGCUAGAGGAAGUAGGAUAAUAGUAACUACUCGUUCUUCUAAGGUAGCCAAGAUCACUAGUAAAUGUCAGCCUUAUGUUCUGAAAGGCUUGUCUAAUAAUGAUGCUUGGUUUUUGUUCAAAGAGAUAGCAUUUGAACAAAGAUCUGCAGACUCAACAGAUUUAGGCUUUGUGGAAAUAGGAAAGCUGAUAUUGAAAAGGUGUUGUGGAGUUCCCUUAGUCAUAAGGACGAUAGCUAGUACGUUAUCUUUCAAAGAAACUAAAAAUGAGUGGCUUUCUUUUAAAGAUAAUGAACUUGCUAGAAUAUCUCAGAACGAAGGUGAGAUUUUACCUACACUUAAGUUGAGUUAUGAUCAUCUCUCAUCCCAUUUGAAGCAUUGUUUUGCUUAUUGUCGACUAUAUCCAAAAGAUCAUAAAAUUGAUAUACGAACACUUGUUCAAUUUUGGAUUGCACAAGGUUUCGUAAAGCAACUGAAUCCAAGUCAAUCUCUUGAGGAGAUCGGAUUUGGAUAUUUUAAAGAUUUAGUUGAAAGAAGUUUCUUUCAAGAGGUAGAAGGAGACUUGAUGGAAGAAAUGAGAUGUAAAAUGCAUGAUUUAAUGCAUGAUCUAGCUGAAUCAGUAGCAGGGAUGGAGAGUAGUAUUAUAGAUUCAAAUAAAAUUGCAAGUGAUGCUGGUGAAAAUUGUCGUCACAUAUCAAUUAAUCCUUCAUUAAUUCCUUUGUUUAAGGGAAAAAAGUUACGAACUUUGUUACGGUCUCCAUACAUAGAAACUCUAAAUUUGAGCGAAGAAACUUGGGAUUUUAUAAUUGCAAAUUGUAGAUGCUUACGUGUAUUGGAAUUGAAUGUUCUAAAUUUUAAGACAAUUUCACCCUCCAUUUACAAGUUGAAACAUUUGAGGUACCUUGAUCUUUCUUGGAAUUCCAAUAUUAAGAUUCUCCCAAAGAGUAUUUGCAAGAUUCAGAAUUUGCUAGCGCUGAAACUCGAUGCGUGUUAUGAGCUUCAAGAAUUGCCAAAGAAGAUUGAAAAAUUGGUGAAUCUGACCCAUCUUCCGUGUCGUUCUUGUUUUGGUUUAACUCAUAUGCCACGUGGAAUAGGGAAGCUGACUUCACUUGAGACGUUAAGCUUGUUUGUAGUGGAUAAAGAUGGGUCCCAUGGCGGUGCAGAUCUAAGUGAAUUGAGACUGAUUAACAACUUAAGGGGAGAGCUUAGAAUAGAAAAUUUGGGAUUCGUAAAAAAUGCAAAAGAGAAGUUUAUGGCUGCUAAUUUGAAAGAGAAGCAACAUUUGAGAUCGUUGGUUUUACUAUGGAGCGGUGGUAAUGAUGAUGAUGAUGAUGAGAAGUCACUUGAAGACCUCCAGCCCCAUCCUAAUCUCAAGGAGCUCUGGAUUGGAGGAUGGAGGGGUGAUGCCCAGUUUCCAAGUUGGCUUUCUUUGCUCACAAAUCUCGUCAAAAUUACCAUAGGUGGUAGUAAUUUCAAACAUCACCCGUCCUUUGCGCAAUUGCCUUGUCUUAAAGAGCUGUCAAUUGCUGAUUGUACUGAGGUGGAGUACAUGGAUGAUAAUAGCCCAAAAGGAAGUCAAGGAGAACCACAAUCAUUCUUCCCAUCGCUUAAGCAUCUUUGGCUCUAUAAUUGCCGGAAUAUGAAGAGUUGGUGGAGGAGGACAAAACCAAUCGAUGAUGAUUCCAACAAGGACGACACAACAGUUAUGGGAACAACCACCAUGGCAUUUCCUUGUCUUUCCUCUUUAUUCAUUCAAGAUUGCCCUUUGACUUCAAUGCCGUUGUAUCCUUCACUCGAUGAUAAGCUACAGUUGAGGAAUACCAGUUCAAGGCCGUUAAAGCAGACCAUGAAGAUGAACACCACUAGUACAACCCCAUCAAGUUUAACCUCUUCUCUUCCUCUCUCCAAAUUGAAAAUUUUCCAUGUAGACAACAUUGAGGGAUUUGACACUCACAUGGCAGAUGAGUGCCUGCAACAUCUCACUGGCCUUAAAACUUUAGAAAUAAGGGAUUGCAAGGAGGUUGAUUUAGAGAGCUUACAAUGGGAACCCAUUAAGAAUCUCUCUGAAUUGUUGAUUGGUAAUAUCCCGCAGCUGGUGUCUCUCCCCCGUGGGCUUCAACAUCUUGUUCAAUUGAAAACAUUAAAAAUUCGUGAAUGCAAUGGAUUGAGGUCACUCUUUCCCGUGUUCCAACAUCUCACUUUCCUUGAAAAGUUUGAAGUAAGCAACUGCAAGGAGCUGGAGUUAUCUGCGGCUGGCAUCCAAAUAUUCCAAGAUCAUACAAGCCUAUGCUCUCUAUCACUGGAAAAUAUUCCAAAGUGUCGGCAUCUUCCGGAGUGGCUUCAACAUCUAACAAAUCUGCAAAAGCUUUAUCUCAUUUGA